GUCGAAAAGAGUAUCAACAUUUGACAUCGUCAUUAAUAAUCUAAAUAAUAUCUAAUAUAAUGAUCAUUAAUAUAUUUUUUAACGUUAUGUUUGUGUGUAACAAAAUUAAGCUUAUAAUAAUAUAAUAUUUUAUUAUUUGUUGUGACAUUCCGGAAUUAUUUUUUUAAUACUGAUAAGGGUUGAAGACGCUCACAUUAUGGACGGCCAAUUGAUAGAUUUACUGUUUCCAGACGGAAUACCAGAUGAUGUAAAAACUGAUCCAAACAUUAAAAAUUAUUUAGAUCAUCUUGGAAAGUGCACUGCAGAAGAAUUAAGUAAGGAACAUAAGUCAUUAGAAGAUAAAAAUGACAUCAUUGUUAAAAUGGUUAAAGAUUUAGCUUUAAAUAACUACAAAACAUUUGUGAAGACUUCACAUUGUUAUGAGUCUGUAUAUAAUAAAUUUGAUGAUACACAACAAAAAACUAUCACAUUAGAUAAUUAUUUAUUAAAACUUAAAACCGAAUGUCAAGAAAUGUUACAUCAGUGGGCAGAUGUUAAAGAAAAACGCCAUCGUAAUACUUUAGCUAUGGUUUGGAACUCCCGUAUUAUGCAUCAUGCUCUAGAACUUCCACAGCUCAUGUUAUCCUGUAUUCAAAAUAAACUGUAUGAAGAAGCACUAAAACUGGCAAAUCAUGCUAAACAUUUACCCAAUAAUAUACCAGCUGUAAAGUUGUUACAUGAUGAAGUAGAAAAACAUCGUUUAACGUUGAUGUCAGCACUUUGUCAAGAAUUAAGAACUGAUUUAGAAUUACCACUAUGUAUGCGUAUUGUUCGACUAUUAAGAACAUUAAAUUUAAUAAAUGAAGAACAGUUGGCUGUUAAGUUUUUACAGACUAGAAAUGCAUGGUUUAAUUCUAAAUUAGAAAAUAUUCCUGAUGAAAGCAGUAGUCAACACCUAUUAGAAACUAUUGAGGUAUCGCGAUCUUGUCUUUCAAAUAUAGCUACACAAUACAACCUAAUAUUUUGCUCUGAAGAUAAUUCUUCUGAUACUGGAUCAUCAAAACUACAGUUCUAUUAUUCUUGGACCAAUCAAAAGGUAUGUCAAUUUAUUAAUAUACUUAAAAAAGAUCUUCCAAACUGUCGACCAUCAUCUUUAGAGACAAUUUUCACACAAUGUAUGUACUUUGGGCAAUCAUUGGGACAUAUUGGAACUGAUUUCAGAGGUCUCAUAGCACCUGUUUUUAUCAAUGUGACUGUAAAAAGAUUUUCAGACUUAUUAAAAAUGACAGAAAUUACUUGGCUAACAGAUUUACAAACAUUUUUAAAAACAAAUAUUAAGAAUGUUGGAAUGAACCAAACUCACGAUGAAGUAGAUGAUAUACCAUCACCCGUAUUUGAAUAUUAUCCUUUGGCAAAAUUUUGUAAUGGUGUAAUGAGUGCUCUCAAUGACCUAGGAGAGUAUGCUCCUUAUGCAGCUGCCGAUGAAAUCACCAAAUGUUUACAUACUACAUUACAUAAUGCGUCCUGUGCAUUAUUUUCUAUGUAUUAUCAAGAUGAUUUUAAAAGCUAUGAUGAAGGUGACAAAAAAAUAUUUGGACAACUCUGCAUUUGUUUUUCAACUGAUGUUGUUCCAUAUGUACAAAGAUGUUUACACAAAGUAUAUGAACCAGCUAGUAUAGCUGCUUUCAUUGGAGUUACAAUAACAUCACUUCAAAAAGAGAAUUUAACAUACAUUGAUUCAGAAAUUAUUAAUGAACCUAUCAAAGAAUUAUUGGAUGAAUUCGAAAAUGUUUCUGUGCUGAAUAACAUAUCAACAGAUUAAACGGCUACAUAUUAUAGCUUUAAUUCAUCUGCAACUCUUUGAUAAUUUGAAUUACUUUAUGACUUAAUUUAUUUUGUUUAUUAAAUAAAAGUUAUUUAUACUAUUUAUAUUACU